AAAUGGUGCGAAUUUGGUGAUUCGAUCAAACCGAUAACAUUACAUACACUUCAUCACCAGUCCACCGGUAAGGUGGUCGUUGAGACCUCCGCCCUCUUUCGAUACUCUCGAGGAACCAUUUCAUACAUAAAAACCUCCCCUGCAUUUGUUGAUCCAACUCUCUGCCUUUUCUUAACAAUCAAUGAUGGCUCAACUCCUCAACUCCUCUUUCACUCCCACCACUCGCGGCCUCCGCCGUCAAUCCAUACCUUCAAUCUCACAAUCCACCUCCCGGAAAUCCCAAAUCCAUGCCAAGAUCCGAGAGAUCUUCAUGCCCGCAUUGAGCUCCACCAUGACUGAAGGAAAGAUCGUCUCAUGGGUCAAAUCCGAAGGCGACAAGCUCAAUAAAGGCGAGUCUGUUGUCGUUGUAGAAUCCGAUAAAGCCGAUAUGGAUGUCGAGACAUUCUACGAUGGCUACUUGGCUGCCAUCAUGGUUGAAGAAGGCGGUGUCGCCGCCGUCGGCUCCGCUAUCGCCCUCCUUGCCGAAACCGAAGACGAAAUCGCCCAAGCUAUUUCCAAAGCCAAAGAACAAUCCUCUUCCUCUUCCUCUUCCUCACCUGCUGCUCCUUCCCCUCCUCCAGCGGAAACGACAAUACCUGAUUCUCUCGCCGUCGCAACUGUAGUGAAGGCGGCACCGGUGAAGGCCGUGGCUUCGACACACCCGGCUUCCGAUGGAGGCAAGAGGAUUGUAGCGUCUCCCUAUGCGAAAAAGCUUGCGAAGGAAUUGAAUGUUGAUUUGAGUGGCGUGGUUGGUACCGGACCGAUGGGCAGGAUUGUGGCCAAGGAUGUAGAGGCUGCCGUUGUUGCUUCUGUUGCUGUUCCCGUUGCUGCCGCGGCUGAGUCAGCUAAGCCGAUUGCUGCAGCUCCAGGGGUCGAAUUGGGUUCUGUUGUUCCAUUUACUACAAUGCAGGGUGCUGUCAGUAGGAACAUGGUUGAGAGUCUUGGAGUUCCUACCUUCAGAGUGGGAUAUACAAUCACAACUGAUGCUCUUGACGCUCUCUACAAAAAGAUCAAACCGAAGGGAGUGACCAUGACAGCAUUAUUAGCCAAAGCUACAGCGCUUGCAUUGGCUAAACACCCUGUUGUGAAUUCAAGUUGUAGAGAUGGAAAGAGCUUUACAUACAACAGCAAUAUCAACAUUGCUGUUGCAGUUGCAAUUGAUGGUGGAUUGAUUACUCCCGUGCUUCAGAAUGCUGAUAAGGUUGAUAUAUAUUCAUUAUCAAGAAAGUGGAAAGAAUUAGUGGACAAGGCCAGGGCAAAACAGUUGCAACCUCAAGAGUACAGCACAGGUACAUUUACUCUUUCCAACCUUGGAAUGUUUGGAGUGGAUCGCUUUGAUGCCAUCUUGCCACCAGGAACUGGUGCAAUCAUGGCUGUUGGGGCAUCUGAGCCCACUGUUGUUGCCACCAAGGAUGGUCGAAUCGGCAUGAAGAGCCAGAUGCAGGUAAAUGUUACAGCGGAUCAUCGUGUAAUAUAUGGGGCGGAUCUUGCACAGUUCUUGCAGACACUAGCAAAGAUCAUUGAAGAUCCUAAAGAUUUAACAUUCUAGUGCGUGUGAUAGAAAAAGACCUUUUCCUUUUGUGCUUAUUUCUUAUUUAAGGUUGAUCUGGUUGGGCUAUUUGUUUAGACAAUCGGAGAAGGUAUUCAUGAGUCUUGUUAAAAUUUUGAAGCAUGGCAAUGACAUUUGUUAGUAAAUUUGGGUAA